AUCACAUCAGUCGCUCCUCAAGCGUUGGAGCGUUUCGCUGUGUCGUCAUACUGUGUUUUCGGGGUUCAUUCGGCGAGGGAACUAUGGAUUAAUGUGCAUCCACGUAUUUGGAUAUCACUCGGUGAAGUGUCAGUGUUCGUGUCUUCUGUGUAUGUGAAUGUUUACGUGGUCAGUAGCGGCCUGACAGUGCGGUCAUGGAAACUUUCAACGACUUACAGAGGAACUGGGCUGAACGAUUUCCGCACUCCAAACUUUCUCUGAUAUGGGAGGAGGACGUUCGUACCUUGCUCGCGACUCAUCGACAGCGUGUGGCCCAACUGAAAGAAGAACUCGAGCAGGAGGAGUUCCUUGUGGGGUACUUCGAAACAUACUUGGCGGGUGCCGGUCGGGUAAAGAAGACGUCGUCGAGCAAACUGAACCAGUGCGAACGUCAAAAUGGCGACACUCCUCACAAUAGCGACGGCGUCGCCGCUUCGAAUGGGUUGUCAAACUCGCUCGAUGCUUCUGUCUUAAAAUCCGAUAAAUCACUGGCCAGUAAGCAGUCCGAUGAAGACAUUCCAAAUGUUUCGGACACCACGAAGAAGUCGCAGGGCGCUAGGAACAGCACUGGUGAAGUGGAUAAACCCUACGUGACAGUUAUCGCAGUAAGCGGGAUAAGCCGGUCGUCCAGCUGUGACAACGCACCCUCUUCGUCGACAAAGGAUAAGGUAUUGCCAACUUCGCAAUCUUUGGACAGACCCGACCAUCAAGAUUCUCCACAACCGCGACGCAAAAAACCUCCGACACCGCCACCGAAACGCUGCAAGUGGCCACCUCCAUCUGGAGCUGCGACUAGUGAGUACGUAUCUCCACGAGAAGGACAGAAAACCAAGGAAAGAUGUGACAAGACAGUCGAGAAACACGAGGCAGACACAGUGGAGGCCCAGACCUGUAAACAAACCGAGGCGCCGAUGGCGUUCAGUACAUUCCGUCCGCCACCGACGGAGGCCCAGGUGUUUCCGUCAGCGCCAGCUGCUCAAGAUGCAGACGAGGGGUCUGCUCUUCAUGGCAGUGCGGAGUUUACAGACGACGACGUUAUUUACGAUACGGUAGCCUUCGACGAAGAAGCGUCUUGGAACGGUGCUGGAACGGAAGACGACGAGGCUGUGGAUCCGGACUACGUGGAGUUCGGAAAGUUCGUCGGUUCCACGUCGCAGGCAAGACUGUCGGAUGGCGAGCAACUGGAUGUCGUUUCUGCUCUCAACACAAGGAGCUUCGCCACGUAUGAGAAUAUCGCCCUGUUAAAGGCGUCGGAUUCUAUGGAUUCAGAAGAAGAGGACGGCUCCAUGCUCCGGUCAAUGUCCAGCGACGCGGAUUUAGACCACGACGGCAUGGGGACGGGUACAACGAGCAGCGACCAGAGCGCAGGGGCUCGCAGCGACCGUGCCAAUGGAGAGAUGACGGUUGAAGAGAUUUUGGACGCCGAUUCAGGUGUCUACAGCAGUUCAGUUGAGUCUGCAUCGUUCUUGAGCUCUGGAACGCCGCCUGUAACGAGGAAGAUCAAUAAUGAAGCUGAGCAAAAUGGAGUCCAGCAUUCAGAAGAUGAGAGGACGGCAAUGUGCAAACGGAUCGUCAGCAGUAUUAUUGAAAGCGAGACAGCCUAUGUCGACUGUCUUGACACGCUUAAUCAGUAUGCAAAGGCACUUUCAAGUGCCAUUGGGACCAACCAAUCAGUGUUAUCGAAGGAAGAGAUUGACGUUAUCUUCUUCAAGAUAGAGCAGCUCCACGAGACGCAUCGCAACUUUCGCGAUGGUCUGCGUAGGAACCUGGAGAACUGGGAUUCCAAGCCAACAAUAGGCGAAAACUUCAAGUUUCUUGCAAGUCGUCUUCAAGUGUACAAGCUCUUUUUGGAAAACUACUCCAAGGCCAUUGAGACUGUUCGCCACUGCAACUCUUCCAAUAUCAAGUUCGAAGAACUGUUCAAGAACAUCAAAUUGAACACAGCAAGAGGUCAGGCAGCAACGCUAGAAGACCUGCUGCACAAGCCAGUUGCUAGGGUACAAAAGAAUGCACUCGUGCUACAUGACUUGCUCCACUAUAUACCGAGCAGUCACCCUGACUACAAUAACCUGAAAACUGCCCUGAAAUUGACGCAGCGUUUCCUCAACGAGCUGAAACUUAAUUCAGCAGAGAGCAUGUUCCCGCACCAAGACCGUGCUCCGAGGCAUGUUGUGAAGAACAGCUUUAUUGUGGAGUAUUCGGAGGGCCACAGGAAGCUCCGGCAUCUCUUUCUCUUCAACGACGUUAUUGUUUGCGCAAAGUACAAGCCGUCCUCAAGACAAAAAUUUACAUUUGAGGUGAAGUGGUACAUUCCACUAAGUGAUGUGACCCUCAUGGAUGCUGAAGGUGAAGCAGAGCCAAUUAGGGAAGACAACAAGAUGAACAUAUGCCAGCUGAGGUCACGUGCCAGCACGCUCAGAGACCUGGUGAUGAAGGAAGAGAGAGAUACAGCUCGUGCAGGAAAGGCACCACCUCGGAACUUGGAGAGGAACCGGAAGAAACUAAGUGAAUUGGAAGCGCAGCUGGUGCUCCACUCUCCAAACCUGCCUUUCAAAAUUGGGUACAGGAGUAGCAAGACGUACGCUUUCUUCCUGUCAUCCGAGUUUGAGAGAGCCCAGUGGAUUGAAGCCAUCAAUGUCCUGCAGUCUUCAGCUCCGCAGACCGCGUCAACACCGAGCCUUUUGGAGCUUCAGAGCUGCAUCACAUCAACGAGAGGGUGCAUGGGGACCAACAUGGGAUCUUUCUUGUCCAGAACAGCGAAAGAUGAAGACCUUCUGGUGGGGGACCUCCACAUCAUGGUUCAUAACCUCCAGGGCCUAACGCGACCAACAGAUAUCUUUGUCUGUUUCGAAGUAGACUCCUAUGGGCAUUUUUUCAAGAAAGGAAGGACAAAGACAUGUCACAACACAGUGGAGCCUAUUUUUAGCCAGGAGGUUGUGAUCGACCUGGAUGGAUCGCAGACCUUAAGGAUCCUGUGCUACGAGGAAAACGAAGACGAGUCGACAAUGGGGCCCCUCCUGCGAGGCAAGGCCUCCAUCGAGAUGAGCCGAUCUUGGCUCACGGACAAGUAUCAGGAAAAAUCAAUCAGUCUGCAAGAGUGUACGUUAAACAUCAGCAUUAAGUACAUCUCAUCAGAGAUAACGUUGCACAGGGUGCCUUCGUGUAAACCGAUAGGGACCUUUGGAAUGAAAGUGCAACAGGUCUGCAAAAAGGAGAAAAGCAGAGUGCCAUUCGUAAUAACCUGCUGCGUGCGAGAGGUUGAAAGAAGAGGCAUAAAUGAGGUUGGCAUCUACAGGGUGUCUGGCUCCACAUCAGAUGUUCAGAGACUGAAAAGGACAUUUGAGAACGAUCCAUAUGAAGCUGAGCAACUGAUGAAAGAAGUUGAUGUCAACAACGUAACUGGCCUUCUAAAACUGUACCUGCGUGAGCUACCAGAAGCGCUCUUCACAGAUGCCCUCUAUCCCAAGUUGUUUGAAGCGUUCAACAAGCACGACCAGGAGGAAAAGCGACAGAUGCUACUGGGGUUAUUCGCCAAGCUCCCAGAAAUCAAUCAGAACGUCACUGUGUUCCUUAUUGACCACAUGGUGAAGAUUAACAGCAACGAAGCGCAGAACAAGAUGUCACUGCACAACCUCGCGACAGUAUUCGGGCCGACCAUCAUUCGUCCGGCCAGCCAUUCAUCCAAUCACAACCCGAGUGACCUUCUCACGACCAGCACAGUAGACGUGAUGGCUCAGGCUGGCAUUCUGUACUUUUUCCUGCGACGCAGGGCUGCGGGGAUGCCCCUUCAGCUCGAAGCAGAGGCCGCUCCAGCCUCAAAUCAUUAGGUCGAUGCAGCAUUCAGUUUUGUAAGCGUUGUUCAUUUGCACUCGAGCACUUGUGGUAAGAGACCACACACUGGCAGUUGUCGCCUGCACAGUGUGUGUGUGCGUGUGCCCGUCGCUGUUUACAUUGUUCACCUAGUCUUCUUCAGAAUGCCUCUCAUUUUGUGUCUCAAUUUUAGUUCUUUAAUUUUGUGCGUUCUCUUACAACGAGGAAGAGGGCUGUCCGUCGUCGUUGAUUAGUCUAAGUCAUAUCAUGACGUGUACGGUUUGAUACGCAAGAGCAGCUCUAAAUGUUCUUUGUCGUGGUAUUUGUUUCUCCUCAAAAGUGGAAGGUGCUCACUACAUGAUAUUAUUUUUUGUUUUAGUAUUUUAGCUGAGUUUAUUGUUUUUUUUUCCUUUCUCUUUCUCUUGAUUCCCUCUGUCAUGUGCAGUGUUUAAUGAAUGCUAACGCCACUGUAUGGGUGAUGGGACAUUAUAAAUGAAGCUUUUUAUCAAAAUGUGGAUGUAGUCAGAAUAGAGAUCAAACUGUUAGGAACAACAGCAGCAACAACUUUAUUGCGACUAUGAUGACUAAGAGCAUCUGGUUUGAAGCUUUCGUCCAGAGUCUGCACUGCAUCAAGUCAAGGCCAGCUGGUGAUGUGCUGACUCUGCACAAAAGCUUGUAAAUUAAUCUAGACUCUCCUGACUGUUUGAGUACUAUUCGGACUACCUCCUUCAUGGACUUCACGGUGCUUUUAUAUUUUGUCUGUUUACAAGGAAUGAAUUAAGAGAAACUGCAAGAUUCAUUCUAAAUGCCCAAAUAUCCUUUAUAACUUACACCAGAGCUGCAUUUCCUUAGUCGGUCACUCAAGUGCACACAUUGAGGUAGUUAUGCACGCUGGAUGCACUGUUGAGACUUUUUUUUGCGUUUACGUCUUAGGAAAAGCCACAGAGACUUUACGCCACUUUUUAUAUUCCGAUCUUUACUCUCACCUUUCUGAAAUGUGCUCCGCUUUUCUGAUGGCUUUAGCUUGGUGACUUCACCUUCACCGGUGACUCACACAAGUUGGGUGGCUCUCUCGGGCCUGAAUUUAUGGCCUGUGUACUUGUAUAUUCGGACCACCACUUCGUGUGGUCGGCAAGUUGUCCAGCAUCUACUGCAAUAUGAAUGCCUGUAAAUAGUCUAUUUAUUAAUAUAAUUUUUAAUGCUUCUCCAGUGUGCUUGCUACCGUAGUAUAGCAGGUCUCGUCGUAAUGCAACGAUGUGUGACACUUCAGCACUUUUUAACCGACUUUUCUCUAGAGAAGGGGGCAGGUAGUAAGGUUAGAGACGAGACACCGUUUUUACCACAAAAACUAAUUUUUGCAGGUUGUGAUGCACAUCUUGGCCAUAAUGCCAUAGGGCCUAUAUUUUGUGGACAUGUGAUGAAGGGCAAGGGAAGCUGUCACACGAAAACAUAAACGAGUCAGACUUGUGUAAGCAGUGAAUAGAUAAAUGGUUAGCUAUCAUUUUGAUAUUGCUCUCUGGGGACAUCACAGUGACAAUAUGCAUUGUUCUAUACAUUGUCUAUGUAGACAAAACAUAUUGUCUACAUAGACAAUAUGUUUUGUGAACUUGCAAAAGUGAGGCAUUAUUAUGGUUGUGCACACAAUGGUUGAAGUACAGAGUGAUGAUGGCUGAAGACAUGCAUUGCUGUACCAAAAAAAGUAAAUUAUAACUUUUUUCUUGCAAGAUUUGUAGUUUUGGUUCGUGGUCAGUGAGGGAUCCAGUUGCUUCACACUUACUGCAUGAAUAAAGUAAAAUCUAUCGACAUUGCUUAUAGAUAUGUAUUGGCAAGGCAGUGUCCAAAAAGUGAAACAUACAUCAAAAAGUGUAAUUUAGACACUUGUCUUGUUUGAAGCAUGUGACUGCAGCCACAAAACUCCUUCUCAAAGGACAAAUAUUUUAUGUAAGCAGGUAAUUUUUUAAUCCUCUAUAGAAUAGUUCUGAAUCAGUCUUCCAGAUUUCAUUGAGCUAGAUACCAUUGUUUAAAUAAAUUGGACUUUCAAGCAAACCUGACCCUUAAUAUACAAGAAUUCCAUACUGAGUAAAAAGACCCUGAGGUUUUGCAGUUUGUAAAAUUUAGCUAUAAACCAGGCUCUACAUAUGCUUGUGUACCUAGAGGCAGCUAUACUGCAUAGCACUCAUAAUGAUAUGGGUUCAAACUAGAGGGAUCAAGCUUUCAGGUGAUAUGCUAUUCCCCAUAUGCACAGAGUUUUUCUUUUCUUUUCUUUUUUUUUUUUUUUGUGCAAACUUAUUUUGUGGUGGGAAUAUUUACUUCUGUGUAAAUAGGUGUUCACACAUCAGUGGUAGCAAAACUCAUCUAUGCAAUCGACCCAUUUCCAGUAUCAUAUUUUUUUUAGCAUGUCUUGAAAAUUUCUGUAGGGUAGUACCCUUACCAUAUGUGUACAUCUUCUACAUUGCACUCUGGGACCAGGCCAUGCUUGAGCUGAGGGCACCUAAGAUUUGGAUAUGGUUCAUCAUGGCUCUUUUUUUUAGCACACGUGGGUUACAAAGAUGUAAAUGUUGGCAUUCUGCUUUUCCUUCUUUUCUAUGAGUGAGUGAACUGCUUUGGAGACCAGUCUUUUUUUGCAGUUCUUUGGAGUGGUAGUGUGUCUUUUGUUGUUGUUGUUGUUUUUUUUCCUGCAACAUGAACAUGCCUUACAUAGCCUUACUUUGUUAUUGUGUGAAAAUUCACAAGUUCACCACCACUGCCAUUUUCAUCACCACUAAGUCAUGUAGAUAUAAUCUGGCAUCUAUAGGAGAAGAAGGCGUUAAAUGGUGCUGUUUGUUUCGAACAGCUUAUUUGGUAACAGCUACAUAUAUUUCUUUGUAUGGAGUUUCAUUCAUCAUUGUACACAUAUUACUUCUAGUUGGUAAGAAAAUUUUAGUGGUCUCCACCUUUGCCUUUUAUAUUAACUACAUUCAUCAUUGUGUUGCAUUGCAAUUUAGUUGCUGAACAGUGCAGACAAUUGUCUCUGCCACAUUGUAGGUUAUCUCGAAUAACUUUGCCCUCAGAUUUUCCAUUAUAUUCACUGUGGUGUGUAAGUUAUCUGUAAAUAGAUGUGAUAUAUGGCUUUUGUAUGUGUCUGGCCACAGAUUUGGCGCUCACUGACAGUUUGUACAGAAAUAAAAAAAUUUUGAAAUGGUA